AUGGAAACGCCCACCUCGUCGUCGUUCCCGGGAAAUCGCCUGAAUACCUACCUCCAACUCCUCACGAAAGUUAAGAAGGGAUUACCCUACGGCCAACCCGUCUGCGUGUCAGUUUCCCACACCAUCAACACCACAGACGCCGUUCUGGAACUUGCAUCCUUGAUCGGCCCGCACAUUGCAAUCCUACAGGUCCAUGCAGACAUAAUCGAUGACUGGUCCCACGAAACCGCUCGUCAAUUGAUCUGCAUAGCCAACAGACACGCAUUUCUGAUAUGGGAGGGUGGUCGAAUCCUAAAUGCGACCGUUGAUAUCAUUGGGAGGCAGAAGGCUGAAACGCGAGAUGCGAGAAGCGAAUUGGUGGACUUGACCCGGAAGGUAUAUUCGAAAGGUCUGGUCAGACCGGCAGCAUGGGCAGGACUUGCAACCGCGUGGCCCUCGGGAGUUCCGGUGAACAACCAGGAGGCCGACAUUCUGAUCCCGACCCUGAGAAAUGCUGCCCGAGAAGCCGUUGCCGAAACCGUCAAGACCAUUAGAACCGAGAUCACAACGGAACGCCCGUUGUCAGGGGAGGAGGCAACAAUCGUGGAAAUCGAUGCUGGCUCGCCGCACCUCGGCUCUGAUUAUGUAGUCGACGAUAGCAGUGCGGAACUUGCCCCUCGGAAACCAUCCACCAUCUCUCUCACCCAGACGAUCACUCAACACACCGAGGACGUGCCAGGAAACCACCAAGGUAGUUCGAAAUACGAGCGACCCUACAAUAUUCAGGAGAGCGCGGAGCCCUGCACGAUACCCUCCACGGGCGAGGAUCUCCCGACUCCACCUCUUCACUCGCGAGGUCUCGUUCUGUGCCUCCCUUCUGUGACCGACACUUCAUUCACAGCCGACUACAGGAGGAGUUGCAUAGCAGCCGCCGACGCCAACCUAGAUUUCGUGCUAGGGUUUGUCUGCAGUGAACCAUGGCAAGCCACGUCCCAAAAGACAGAGAUAUUCGAUGACAUUUCACUGGACGACGAUGAGGAUCAACUAUCGGACGAAGAGGAGAUGCCAUGUCUUGCCCUAUUCUCGAUCAUCUCCAAUCAAUUUGACAUGAUGAACGGCAAACAUGUUGAUCAACUCUACAGUGAAGGGGACGAGGAAGGGAGUGAGUAUUUACCCGUGGCAUCGCCCUCGCAACUGGAACCUGCGAACUCAGUGGCCAAGAAGAUCUUUUACAUUGUCAAGGAAGCAUUGAAAUCUCGAGCACAGGCGAGUGGGUACAAGACGACGAAUACGUACACGAGCACAAAGGUGAUGAGAGGGCGCAAGGUCCUACACCUGCCUAUUAUCGCGAUACCAUGA